AUGGGCGAGGGAAUUGGAUACGCAUCCAAGACGGUCACUCUUCUGUAUCCACGCCGCGCUAGAUGGAGAGCAGUCGAGCAGCCCCAGGCGCCUCCUACAACAAUGAGAAUGGAAGAUUCCUUCCGAAGCUCUGGUGCCAUGUUCUCAGUUGUGACGGACCAGUCCAAGCAAGCGGAGACGUGGCCGCGUGUUCUGUUACCAUCGAGAAGGUCCAGCCGAGGCUUAUCAGCGCCAGCAGGUUGGCUUCCCCACAAAUAUAUCGCCCCGACCAGAGCUCGCAUCCCCGUCAGUGUUCCUUCGACCAGAUGGACGAGGUGGACGAAUGAAGAUGCCCACGAGAUUGUCCUAUGCCUCGUCGAAAGUCAUCCGACGCCGCCCCCACCAAGACUCGUGCGCGAAACCGGCUGCAAGACGUGUCGCAGGCGCAAGGUCCGCUGCGACGAGAACAAGCCCAGCUGCCACAACUGCACAAGGCGAGGCUUGGUGUGCGACACCGGCUUCCAGCUGAAAUGGGAGGUCGACUACGUCCGUCGGGGCCUCGCCUUUGGCCGUCAAGGCGUCUGGAGCAAGCGUGGAGAUGCCAGGGACGAGCCAUCGUUGCGGGAUAUAUCGCAUGAUGCCGUGGAAUGGCGUCCUUUGCCAACGAUCGGCCCGCACCACUUCCUCAACACCUCGGUCAGGGACUUCGAGGACGGGGGCGUCGAGGACGACGUUGCGGAGAGGAGCGAUGAAGUCAGCGUCGCGUCGCCUUCCCCUACGGCUGAUGAUGUUCUUCUGUGGACAGAGCCUUCGAUGUUCCCCAAGUGGUUCCAUCCCCGUUUGCAACGCACAUCGUCCCGCUCGUCACAACGGGCGGGUCGAGCGAUAUUCUCCAGUCCGUCCCGGCACUCGCGGCCUGCCAUCGGAGCAGAACCGAUGCGUUCGUGGUCGCAGUCCGCCGUCAGACUCAAGGGAAAUGUCUUGGCCUCACUCCGAAGAGCCGUGGCCUCCAGGAGCGUGGCACAGCUCGUCUGCGAUCCCCACAUCCUGGUCAUGAUGAUGUUUAUGUGCCUCUACGAAAUUAACGACAACUGCGACCGCCGCUGGGUGAUCCAUCUGCGAGGGAGCCAUGAGAUAAUUCGUCGACGCCGGCAGCUGAGCUUUCCCUCUGGUCAGUCUGCAUCCCAUCCGCUGACCUCUUUCGCCGAGCGCUUUUUCGCUUUUCAGGAUGUCAUGGGCCGGACUGCGUGCGGGGAUGUGCCGUUGUUUGGCAGUGAUUACUGGGAGAACCUUGAGCCCCAAAUCGAAGUGGACGCUUGGAUGGGCUUCGACGAGAGCGUCGACGAUCAGCUUGCCAAAGCGGCCGAACUAAAAAGGCUGGCGGCCGUUCUCUACCUUCACUGUGCCCUGUAUAAUGCCUCGCCGUCCACGCCGCUCGUGGUCGAGCAUGUCCGUCGGAUUCUCCAGGGCGUGUCUGAGUUUCUCCGGAUGGGAGUUGUUGCUGGUCUUAGUUUUGCGCUGUUCGUCACUGGAACUGAGCUGGACCCGCUGAACGACGAGAUCUUCGUCGACGACGAAACGGGCAAACCGGUUUACGGCCGACCUCUCAUCCUGGCAGCGCUGGACGCCAUGUCCGCCUCGUCGGUGUCCAACGUGUCGAAGACGCGCGCGGUGAUCCGCAAGGUCUGGCGGAUGCGCGAUCUCCAUCUGGAGGAGCAGACCGACAGAGACGGCUCUCUGAACGACUGGGAGUAUUUUGUGGCGCCCGUCAGCGCCAAUGGCAUGGCGAACGAAACCAGUGCCGAUGACCCAGUGCCCGGCACCGAGCUGCUCGUGGACGUUGGGAAAUCGCUAAACCUCUCGCACGCUGGCGCUGGCACUUCGGAUAUUGUCCUCAUUCUGCAGCCGACUCCCUGUGGCGGAGACCCCGUUGGUAAGACUCUCACACACACUCUCUACCUGUACUGUAUAUCUUCCUCAGAAAUGGCCCACAUGGAAAAAGUAUUACCAGCUAUUCCUGCUCGCGCUCUUGGUACGUACCUACAUCGAUCGACAGGCUUCGUCAACAUCUGGUGGAUUCCCACCGCAAACAAAAUCGGCCGCCGAUUCGUCUUCCUCGCCACGACAGUCCUCUGCAUGUGUGUGGGCGUCUAG